UCCUAACACCUAUCAAACGUACCAAGCAUGGAGAGUCUUCUCGGCGGUAGCAUGCUGCUAAGCAAGCUGUCCAAAGUGUUCACCCUGUUCUCGCCGGUAACACUGCUGCUGCUGACCACCGUGUCCUGCGCCAUCUACGUGUACAACCGACGGCGGGCCCAUAUCGUGCGGACGAUUGAAAAAAUUCCCGGCCCAGCAGGUCUGCCCAUCAUCGGCAACACGCUGCAGAUCAAUGUGGACCACGACGAAAUUUUCAACCGCAUCAUCGCUAUUCGGAAGCUGUACGGAAGAAUGCAAGGGUUCAGCAGAGCCUGGAACGGACCGUUGCCGUAUGUGAUGAUCUCCAAAGCGAGCGCUGUUGAGCGCAUCCUUGGCAGCCAGAAGCAUAUCGAAAAGAGCCACGACUACGAGUUCCUCAAACCUUGGCUGGGUACGGGUCUGCUAACCAGUGCCGGCAAAAAGUGGCAUCCGCGGCGCAAGAUCCUGACACCAGCGUUCCACUUUAAGAUUUUGGACGACUUUGUCGACAUCUUUCAGGAACAAAGUGCGGUUCUGGUGAAGCGUCUCGAAGCCGAACUGGGCAACGAGAAGGGAUUCAACUGCUUCCCGUACGUGACGCUGUGCGCACUGGACGUGGUGUGCGAAACGGCCAUGGGAAGGCAGGUGAAUGCACAGUGCAAUUCCGAUUCCGACUACGUGAAAGCUGUGUACCAAAUUGGAAGUAUCGUGCAAAAUCGCCAGCAAAAGAUUUGGCUACAACCAGAUUUCAUCUUCAAGCUAACGCAGGACUACAAGGACCACCAGAAAUGUCUCGGUAUACUGCACGAAUUUUCUAACCGCGUCAUCCACGAACGGAAGGAAGAGAUCCGUCGACAAAAGAUGAUCGACGACAAGAACAACAACAGCGCAAACCGUAACGGCGACGCUACCCAGGACGGCAACAACAACAACAAGGACGAUUACCUGUCGCACGAAGAGCUGGGACGCAAGAAGCGACUUGCCUUCCUCGAUCUGCUCAUCGAAGCGUCCCAGGACGGUACCGUGCUGUCGCACGAGGACAUCCGCGAGGAGGUGGACACGUUUAUGUUCGAGGGGCACGAUACAACGUCGGCAGCGAUCUCGUGGAUUCUGUUACUGCUCGGCACCGAGCCCACGAUCCAGGACCGUAUCGUGGAAGAAAUCGAUCAAAUUAUGGGCGGGGAUCGCGAACGGUUCCCAACGAUGCAGGAGCUAAACGAGAUGAAGUAUCUGGAGGCGUGCAUCAAGGAGGGUUUGCGACUGUACCCGAGCGUGCCGCUUAUUGCGCGCCGACUAAUGGAAGACGUCGACAUCGAUGGGUACGUGCUGCCGGCCGGUACGACCGCCAUGAUCGUCGUGUACCAGCUGCAUCGUAAUCCGGAGGUGUUCCCGAACCCGGACAAAUUUAAUCCGGACCACUUUCUGCCGGAGAACUGUCGCGGUCGGCAUCCGUACGCGUACAUACCGUUCAGUGCGGGACCGAGAAAUUGCAUCGGCCAGAAGUUUGCCGUGCUGGAGGAGAAGUCUAUCAUUUCGGCCGUGCUGAGAAAGUACCGGGUGGAGGCGAUCGAUCGAAGGGAAAACCUAACGCUGCUCGGCGAGUUAAUUCUACGUCCGAAGAAUGGUUUGCGCAUACGCAUUGCACGGCGAAAUUAG